GCACCAGCACCAGCACCAGCACCAGCACCAGCACCAGCACCAGCACCAGCACCAGCACCAGCACCAGCACCAGCACCAGCACCGGCACCGGCACCGCUAGCCAUGACCCUCCCGGUAUCACUGCUGCGGCCUCUGUUUCCGUUUUUUGGACGAGCGCCGGUUGCUGCUUCAGCACCGUAUCGCUGCCCUCGAACAGCGAUCUCCUUCCCAACUUUCGCAGCGGCCUAUGCCACCCUCGUUGUCCGUCCCUCAGUCCAUCUUCAUCCACGAAACGUCCGGGAUAACCCCGGCGCCAUGAAAAAGAAGCGGAGACUGGGUCGUGGUGAAGGCUCUGGCCGGGGCAAAACCUCGGGGCGGGGUCACAAAGGCUGGACUUCAACGCACGGAAAGUCGAGACCCAUUCCUGGAUACGAGGGUGGACAGUCGGGCAUUCUGUCAGCAAUCCCUAAGCUUGGAUUCCGCUCCAGUGAUAAACAGUACCUGAACCGCUUGAGCCUCGAUACCUUGCAGCACUGGAUCGAAACAGGACGGCUGGAUGCCUCCAAGAAAAUUGGGAUUCGGGAACUCGUCCAGUCGAGAUGCCUCAAGAAAGUCAGGGACGGUGUCGUCCUCUUGGCAAGGGGCGGCGAGUUCCUGACACACCAAGUCCAUUUGGAAGUAACCAAGUGCUCUGAGAAUGCGAAAAUGUUCAUCGAAAAGUGCGGUGGACGAGUCGAAUGCGUGACACACGAAAAAACGGUGCUCCAAGCCCUCGUUUCUCCUGAAAAGUUUGCAGUUCUCCCCGUCGAAGCAGCCCUGACCGAUAGUAGCAGAGGUCUUCCAAAGGACAUUCGAACCCAGAAAGUUCGCGAGUUCUUGCUGGCAAGCAGCCCAAAGCCGACGUCCCUGUGAAGAGCCUUGUCUGUCGUGGCCUCCAAGUAAAUAACAAAUAUCUCACCCCGGAGCAGAGGAUGAUUAGAGAAAUAAGUGAGGGAAGAAAGAAAACAAAAGCCCACAGGAGGAGCACUCGGGUGCCGCCGUGUCGAGGAUGCCGCCUGCGAAUAUAUGCACAGAGGCUCUCCCUCCUCUGACCCUUGA